AUGCAGUUUUACUGCGAAGACUACCGCAGCGUGCUGGACCUGCUCGAGGAGGGCUCCUACCGCGCAGACCCGUACGCUGUUCGCCGGGCCUGCGCCGAGUUCAAGCGCUUGGUGCUGCACCACAACGCCGUCCGCCAUGCUAUGGUGCAGCAGGGGCGUCUGCUUCCGGCGCUUGUGGAGAUCGUGAGCGACCAUGUGCAGCACGACCACGGCGCGGUGCUGGCCGAUUGGUGUCACUUUUUGCAGCGCCUUAUCUCGCACAAACAGCCCACGGAGCUCGACAUUCAGUCCAAAAUCACGGAGGCAGGCUGUCUGGGCCUGAUGGUCAAGGGACUUGCAACGCACCCACGGGCACAGCGUCUGUACGCUGAGGUGUGUAGGCUGAUAGCGCUGCUGUGCUUCGACACGGUGGCUGCUCCUCACGCUGAUAACCAGGCAGAUAUCGGCGAUGCCGGGUUGUUCGAGAGUAUCUGCCAACGACUAGAGGGCGAAGAUUUAUCCGAGGAGGAGGCGGCAGCUGGAUGUGCCGCCAUAGCCGCACUUGUCUACGAGAACGAAAGCAAUGGCGCGUUGGCGAUCCACAAUUUCCAUAUACUGUCGACGUUCUCCAAGCUACUUAACGCGUUCUCGGAGUCACUGCGGAUAGUCCACUGCGUCUUCCAGACACUCUUCCAGCUGAUGACUAUGGAGGCCGGUCUUUCGGACGAUGUAGUCGAUACGGGAAUGUUGCAACAAAUAGUGGAGCUGCUGGACAACCGCACACUCAUGCAGGAGUACCGCGGCGUUGCGAGCUUUAUGGCGCACUGGCACAUCGUGAAGUUCCUGGAAAUCUGUAUUCGUGACAAUGACAGCGCGAAGGAGGCGUUUUGCAACUGCGCUGGCCCCGCCGUAGUCGUGAAUGCAAUGAUCCGCCGCAGACAAGGGCCCAGCCACAUGGAUACGGUUGACCCGUGGGCGCUGCAGUACAUUUCGUGCAUGCUGCUUUGUCGCUUUGCCACUGCAUCGGGGGACCCUCCUGUCGUUGAAAAGACUCGAGCGAAGCAGCUCGUGCAGUCGAGCGCACAUCAACUGGCGCUGGACAUUCUGCGAAGUGUCGGCAUCGCACGGCUUGCAGAUGCCAACGACGCCAACCGCGCCAACUUUUGGGCGGGUGUCGAGCAGGCGGUGUGUCUACUUGGGCUCAUCGCUGCACUCGAGGCAAACCGCGUGCCGCUUACGCGUCUUGGCGCCUCGCGUCAAGUCAAACUCAUUUACAACAACCCGGACGCUGCUACCAACCCAGGCCUCCUACUGCUGUGUGAACGCACCAUCGCCAACAUUGAAGGCACUUGA